AUGGCGUCGACCGAUGAGAACGGAGGCCACGAUGCCGCCCCGCCCCGCCAGCUGCCCGACGACUUGCCGCGCUCGCUCGACGACCGCCGCUCGACGCCGCAGCUGGCCAGCGAGACCGAGAUAUACGACGCUUGGCAGGGCCAGUCCCAAUUCAUAUCGACACCGCUCCCCUCCAAGCCCCUCAACUUCGACCUGUCUCUCGACGGCCCAACCGACCCCAACCCCUCGAUCGCGGACAGCGACAGCCGCCUCAACGAGAUGCUCGAGCAGCAGUCUCGCCUCAAGCAUGACAGCAUGAACGAGGGGCAGGAGGACUCGAUCAUCAAGGACAACAGCCUGUCGGACCAAGAAAAGCGCGACAUUCUGCAGAACUCGCUCAACCUCGCCGCCUCCAACGGCGACACCCUGACCAUCGAGCGCUUCGUCUCCGGCAAUGCCAAGCCCUUUAUCGACGUCAACGCCCCGGACGCCGACGGCACUCCGCCGCUGAUUUACGCCGCCUGCUUCGGCCAUGAGGAGGUUGUCGCCGUCCUGCUGGACGCCGGCGCCCAUGUCGACAUCCAGGACCGCAACCGCUGGACCCCGUUGAUGUGGGCCAUCACCAACCGUCACAAGGCCAUCGCCAAGCUGCUACUCGACAAGGGCGCGAAGCCCGAGACGGCCUCGUCCUCGGGCCGCACCGCCUUCGACUUUGUAGCCCCUGGCAGCGAGCUCCAGGACUACUUGCACGAGAGCGGCUACACCAUCGGCAACAUCGGCGUCGCCACCAGCGGCGACGACUUUUACACGGCAGGCUUCGAUCAGGACCGCUUCGAGGAGGAAAUGGCCGAGAACGAGCUGCGGAGACGCAUGAUGAUGGAAAGUGCUAUUAAUUUGGAGGUUGACUUGGGAAAUUUGGGUAUCGACGAGCAGCCAGAGGAACCCGAGGAGUUCGAAGAAGGCCAGGAAUUCGUGUGGGACCGCUGCCUGAACGACCAAAUGUUUGUCUUCCAAGAAAACGAGUUAGAUCGCAUCCUAGACAUUGUCAUCACCAACAUGACGCCCACCCGUUCGCCCUCGCAGAAGCCCGUCCCUGCGAACAUCAUCUUCCUCGGCGCGCGCUACGCUCACUACCACUCCAGCGAAGAUCUGCUGGAGAAACUGCUGGUCACGUCCAUGGACAAGAUCAACGACGCCGUCGAGAAGCAUCAAUGGGACAUGACCAUGCUCGCAUUUUGGGUCUCCAACCUCACGCUGCUGCUCUACUACCUCAAGAAGGACGCCGGCCUCGUCGAGGCGUCGGUCGAAUUCCAGUGCCAGAUUGCCGAGCUCAUUAACGAGAUCUUCGUUCUGAUCAUCCGCGACGCUGAGCGCCGCAUGGACAAGGUUCUCGACACGGCCAUGCUGGACCACGAGACCAUCCCCGGCUUCGAGGACGUGAGUUUCACUGGAGAGUGGAGGAUCUUCAAGAGCAAAUCGAAGCCGAAGCCGCCGGAGCCGUUCGAGAAGCGCUUCAGGCCCCCUUCGCCGAAGCGCAGGGCCCAGGUGUCCCCGAGGAACAUCACUUCGCUGCUGUCCUCGACGCUCUUCGUGCUCGACCUCUACGACAUCCACUCGGUCAUCACCGCCCAGGUCCUCUCGCAGCUGCUCUACUGGCUCGGUGCCGAGCUGUUCAACCGCAUCAUGUCCAACCGCAAGUACCUCGCACGCACCAAGGCCAUGCAGAUCCGCAUGAACGUAUCGACGCUCGAGGACUGGGCACGGCAGAACAACCGCCAGCCCGAGCACUUUGAGAGCGGCGCCCUCACCGCCACCGGCGAGAACACCAUGGACGCCGCACGGAGGCAUCUGGACCCGGUCGUCCAGCUGCUGCAGUGGCUGCAGUGCUUCUCGUCCCUCGGCGAAGACCUCGACUCGCUCAAGGCCACGCUCGAGCAGCUUCCGCGCCUCACGCCCCAGCAGAUCAACCACUCGGUGAGGUAUUACAGGUCCGAGGUCGGCGAGAAGACGCUCCCCAAGCCUGCCCUGAAGUUUCUGUUCAACCUCCAAAAGGAGGUGGCCGAGCGGCGCUUGUCGAAGCAGAGCCGCAAGUCCAUGCCGCCGCAGAUUCCGACCGAAGGCUCGCCCACGUCGCCCACGACCGACCGGCCCAUGUCGCCCACGCCGUCGCUAGCCCCGUCGCUGGCCACGGUUGCGUACAUGGCACACGACGAGGAGGAAGACGCACCCGAGAACCUGUUGAUGGACCCGGCUCUGAUGCUCCCAUUCUCGUUACCCACAUCGACCGACAUGCUCGUGACGUACGGCGCCGGAUUCGGAGGCACCGACAAGGAGCGCGAGCGCAAAUACCUGCCCACCGUGCCCCCGGAGUUCUUGGAGAAGCUCGAGUUCAGCAGCAACAAGAAGGACCUCUACGGGGACGCGAGGUGGAGCGACGACGGCGAAAGCGCCUGA